UUUCUAAAUAUAGAUGUGCAUUACUUCCUAGACAGCAAAGCCAAUGACGAUGACAUGAAAGAUGAAAAAGAAGAAUUACCACGCAAACAAGUUUAAUUUGUGAUAUUAUGAGAUGCUUCAAAUAAGUUAAAAGUUCACCUGAAGCAACUGAAUAAACUGAUCUACAGAAAAGACUCAUAAGGAAUAUUUGUUUUUGAAUGGUUCAGUUUGAAAAGUAAUUAAUGGUUUGAUAACUAAUGGCAACGGCAGCUCCAAUUAAACCGUCAUCGGUUCCAUAUUUUUAUGGUAGAAUAACAAGAGAGGAAGCAGAACAAAUUCUGGCCAGCUAUGAUAAGAAAGAAGGAUUAUAUUUACUAAGAGAGAGCAUUAACCCACUAGGAAACUAUGCUAUUAGCAUCUGUCACAAUAACAAUUUCCAUCACUACAACAUUGAGAAAAGACAAGAUGGCAUGUAUAAAAUAUCUGAUGGUAGGCCCUUUCCUGGACCUGUAGAAUUAAUACAACAUCAUGAAUAUAAUUUGGAUGGUAUGAUUACAAAUCCAAAGUUCCAAUGUAACAGGCAGCCAUUCCAGAGACCUAUAGCAUUUAGAGGGAUGACAUAUACAGAGCUUGAGAAUGAACUUAUAUCUAAAGCAGAGUCUAUGAAGAACAAAUAUACUGACUUCAUUCAUAGACAUUCAUUAAGUUUGGACAAGAAUGCCAAAAUGGAGAGGGCUCUUGGUGCACAAAGGGACCACCUAAUUUUGUUAGUGGCUAAAGAUCUUCAUAAAAAGCAACCAUGGUAUCAUGGGAAAAUUACCAGAGAUGAAGCUGAUAAAAGAAUGACUAAAGCUGGUCAUGAUGAUGGAAAAUUUCUAGUUAGACAAAGAGAUGAUAAAAAGACCUUUGCAUUAACAUUAAGUUACAGAAAUGAAGCCAGACACUACAUGAUUGAUAAAAAAGAAAAAUUUGCCAUACAAGAUGGUCCAAAAUUUGAUUGUUUAAUGAUGUUGAUUGACCAUUAUCAUAAUAAAUCUGAUGGGUUACUAUGUAAACUAGCCACUCCUGUUCCUAAACCAGGGUAUGAUAAAAGUGCUUUGGCAAAAUAUAUGGAAAGCAGUACAAGGCAAAACAUGGUUUAUUCUGAUCAUCAAAUUCCAGAACGUAGGCAGUCACACACCUCAUUGCACUCACCUACUUCUCCUACUGCUAAUAGCUUCCCAGGGAAAGUCCCAUCUAGGGCUAACAGUAAUCGAGAUCGAGCAUUACCCCUUCUUCCUCCUGAAGAGUCAGCACCACAACCUCCUCCUUCACGGACUGGAUCUGGUAUCAAAGGCAGACCCCCACCUCCACUACCUACUGGUGCAGAAAGGGCAAACUGGACAGGUGGAAACUGGGAACAACCAGAGGAUGUUCAGGACAGAAGAAUUAAAAUUGAUAUGGACAGUUCACAGUUAGAAAAGAUUUAUGAUGACCUUCCGAGAACAAAGGAUACAUUUAGCAUUAGACAAUCUCAGCUUGAACUGGAAGAAGAACUUGGAUCUGGGCAGUUUGGAUCUGUACAGAAGGGAUAUUGUACAUUAAAGAGAGAAGGAAGAAUUCCUGUAGCUGUAAAGAAACUGAAAAGUGAAGACAAGUCAGCAGAGGAGGAGAUGUUAAAAGAAGCUGAUUUGAUGAGAAAUUUAACUCAUCAAAGAAUUGUUCGCAUGAUAGGUCUAUGUAGAGCAGAUUGUAUAAUGUUAGUGUUAGAAUUAUGUCCCUGUGGACCUUUAAAUGCGUUUUUAGCUAAGCACAAAGAACUAAAACAGUCCACAGUUGUCCAGUUAAUGUGGCAGGUAGCACAAGGCAUGUCUUAUCUUCAUUCUAGAAAUUAUGUACAUAGAGAUUUAGCUGCAAGAAAUGUAUUAUUGGUGUCCGAAAAUUCUGCUAAAAUAAGUGACUUUGGUAUGUCUAAAGCACUCAACAUCGGAAAUGAUUAUUACAAGGCCCAAGAAGCUGGUAAAUGGCCAUUAAAGUGGUAUGCUCCUGAAUGUGUAUAUUAUUGGAAGUUUGAUGCAAAAUCUGAUGUAUGGAGUUAUGGUGUUACACUGUGGGAGGCAGCUUCGUAUGGUGAAAAACCUUACAGGAAAAUGAAAGGAAAUGAGAUAUUAAAGUUUUUAGUAGAAGACGAGAAGAGGUUACAGAAACCAGAAUUUUGUGAUGAACAAGUUUAUGAAAUUAUGUUGGAAUGCUGGCAAUAUGAUAAAAAAGAUCGGCCCACGUUUGAAGAAAUUGACCAGAAGAUGAAAUAUCAACAACAGAGACUGCUGAGUUUAAGAAAGUGAUUUUUUUUAGAAAUCAAUUGAAUAAGAUCCUACCAGUAUUGUUCCAAUAAUGUUAAUGUUUAAAACUUUACAUGGUAAUUAGUUGUUUAUCUUUGUUAUUGCAAAUAGAAAAUAUUUGUAAGUGAUUUGUAAAAAUUUGCCAGAACUAUAUGCCUUAAUGACAAUGACUACAAAUUUUGUUAUUUAUGAUAUUGGGGUUAUUAGUAAAUGAGGGAUGAUUUAUGUUGACAUCCAUGUAAAAUCUGAAAGGAUAUAUAUGUUUGUAUAAAACACUCAUCUGUACAAAAUAUAUAAAAAAAUGUCAGUUUACGUUUUGAAUUCAGCAUAAAAUUAGUUAAUUGUCUCAGCACUGUAAGAUUGAGGGAGGAAGGGGGGGGGGACACUUUAAAUUGCUGUGAUUGCACCAAUUAUUUUAUAAAAUCAAAUUAAAGCAGAAGUAAUCGUUUCCUGAAUUUUCAGACCUUAUCUCUCUUCAAGACUUCAAUCAGAUAUAUAUGUCUUAUCAUCAGUUUUUUUGUUGUUGGGAUUUAUGUUUUAUUUUUAGGUUAGAUGAAUUUGGAGAAAUGAAAAGAUCACAUAGUUUAAAUUUGUGUGCUAUUAUUUUAAAUGUUAUAAGUGUAAGCAUCAAAAUUACCAGCAUGUCAAGAUCUAUCUACUUGACAUCCUGUUAUGUAGUUAUUGCUUCUGAAAUGUUAAUUUUACAUUUUAUUUUUGCAGUUUUGGCUGUUAUCUAAAAUAAACUGUAGGAGCUAGGAUAAAAAAAAUGUUGUGUAUGUUAUAAUGUCAUAACGUAAAUGGCAGAUAGUGGUUACAUUUUAUAAAAACAGAUAUUUAAACUGUUUGAUUACGACACUUACGUUUUUUUUUUUUUUUUUUGUAAUAAUACUUUUUCUUUAUAUAUCUUUUUGUGUCCUUAUUCCUGGUGCUACGAAAGCAGUCAUAUCAUGCCAUUUUCAUAUUCCAUUUACAUGCUGGCUUGUGGAUAUUAUAUUUCAUUCUACAAAUCUUUUUUUCAUGGUGCAUAAUAAUAUAUGAAUGGUUCAUAUGUUUAAAGUGUUAUGUGAAGGAAACACAUUCUUUCCCCAGAAUCAGUUGGUGUUUACAUUCCAUUUAAAUUUUUGCAAAAUGAACUGCCCCAUUGAAUAAAUACAAUAGUUAUUGUUCUCUGUGGAGUUCAUUAAAUGGGAGCUUCAAAUUUCUCCGUGAAAAACCAAUCAUUCAUUGAUAAAUUCAGCAGUAAAACAAAUAAACUUCUAAUAAUGAAAAUACAUGUAAUAAUAUUUAUCCAAUGGGACAGUUCAAUUUGCAAAAAUUAAAGUUGCCAAGUAAACACCAACUGAUUCUGGGAAAAAGUUUCAUUUCCUUCACAAUAAGUCAAAAGAACUUUUUGUAUGAUACAAACUGUAACUGAGAAUUUUGUAUGAUAGUAUGAUUUUUGUAAUGAAUUAAACUUUGUUUUAAUUUUUGUAAAAUUAGUUUUAAACAACUUUUUUUGUGCAUUAAACCUCUCUUUUCUCUCAUUACAUGACCUUCUAUUAUAGUUAUUCAUAAGUUGUAUUAUAUCAGUUGAAAUGUUCAUGAUCAACUGUUGAGAAAAGCAAUGGAGAAUAUUAGUUGUUAAAAAAAGUCACAAUAGGAUAAAAAAGAAUUAUAUAGAUUUGAUUUGUUACCAUAAAAGGAUUCAUAUUGUUUUUUAAACAUGUGAUGCAGCUUAUUUUAAUCAUUUCUGGAUACUGGCUUGAUUGAGAAUUUUGUCAGCAUUUACCAGUGUGUUUACUAUUCAAGAAAUAACAUUUGCUUGUAAAUUUGUUGGUGUGUACAAAACUUUUUACAAACAAAAUUUGAUACCUGUACUAUUUAUUCCAAUAAUUGUGAUAUGAAUAAACAUUCCACAUACUUUUAAUAUAUUAAAUUAACAUGAAAAAACGUACGCAAAUCAUGCUUGAAUUUGUAUUUGAAAUCUCAAGCAUAUAGUAAGUUUUGUAAUAGAUUGUUUCCCCCAUUUUCAAUGAAUCAAGAAAAUAAUGUGUGAAAGUAAACUAGCAUAUUGCUAUUACUUCCAUGCAUGAUUCAGUUUUUUCUGUUAAUAAUUUGUAAGUAGGAGGUAAUGAUUAGAAGUAUAUUCGUGAUAAUUAGAAUAUUUUUAUUGUUGUAAUGUAAAUGUAAUUUCCAUUAUGAUUAAUUUCUUUAUCAUGAUACUGCCAUUAUUUUGUUAAAUGAAUGGCAUUACAUAAAGUUUAAAUAAAAUACAGUCUAAAAGAGCAGUUUAAAAUUGGCCAAAAUCAGACAUGGUAAAAAUACAAAUUUAAUAUAUUAUCUUUUACUCUAUUGUUACUAGUAUUUUUACUUGUCCCACCUAAAUAUUUAUGAACAAUUUACUUAUUUAUAUUUUGUAAUCAGUUUUUAUCUGUAAAUAAUUGUGUGUGUAUAUCUUGAAAAAUGCUAUACGAACACAUGUUGGGAGUUCUAAUCAUUACUAAUACAGUUCUCAGUGAGAAUAAAGUUUUCAUUUGUACAUAGAAUAUUACACUAACUCUUAAUUUAUAAAAAAAAAUUGCUUGUAAACAUUAUAUCUAAAACCAGAUUUCUGAAGAUAACAUUUACUUUAAUUACUAUAUUUCUUCGAUUACUUUUUACAUGUAUAUCUGUAACCUAAUGAGAGUAUAUAGUAAUUUAUUUGGACAUCAAAUUUGUACACAGGAUGCAUUAAAGAUGAAUAUUGUUAUUGAUAGAUUUCGAUUGACACAAUUUGAGCAAGAGUUACUUUCCUUUUAUCGCCAUAUUGGAGGUCUUAAGUGCGCACAUUUCUUCAUAAAUCAGCCAAAUUCAACUUGAAAUAUUGACCACUAGACUUGAACUUUUUCUGAACAAUUUCUUUUAGACUUGCUUGUUUCAUCACUAAGAUCUAGUAAGGAUCGCUUAUCAGACUUGUUUGUAAAGCAUGUUUCUAUUUGGUUAGUCAAAUAAGAAAUCAACAAUUUAUCCCUCCAAAAUGGCGGCCAACUGAAAUAACUCAAACUCAAAUAACAUCAUUCGAAACCUAUCUAUAGGGAAGACAGGAAAUAUUACUUCCAAGUCUGUCUUGUUAAUCUGCAGGAGUAUUAGUAAUUUCAUAGUUCAUACACAAAACCCUGUGUUGUUAAAUAGCUAGUGUUUUUGACAAUAGAGCAAUACAUUUUUAUAUGUAUUUACAAAUGACCAACCACAAAUUAUUUUUGUUAUGUUUUUCAGAGUUUUGAUGUUACUGUGUAUUUUUCUCAUAAUAAAUGAAUUUCUAACUA